AUGUCCAAAAAGGGAAAUAAAGAUGAGGUUGUACUGAACGUAGUUGAGGCUAUGCAACACCCAGAUCACUCUGAGGAAUGCAUGAAGAUAGACGUCAUAGAGCCUCUGGUUGAGGAAGCGUUCGAAGUUGAAAAGCUUGAAGAGGAAUUGGAAACCAUUCUUGAAGACACACUACUUGAAUUGGAUGAGCUAGCACCUCAGAGGGAGAUGCUAAGCAUACCUAGUGUUGAGGAAGGACCGCCUAAAAUCGAGCUAAAGUCUUUACCCCCAUCCUUAAAGUACGCAUUCGUAGGCGACGGAAACACUUAUCCAAUGGUUAUAAGCUCUUCCUUGAUGCAGCAUGAAGAAGAGGCGCUAAUUCAAGUACUCAAGAGUCAUAAAACCACUCUCGGAUGGACCAUAAGUGACUUAAAGGGAAUUAAUCCAACCAAGUGUAUGCACAAGAGAAUCAGUCCAACCAGUUGUGCAACCACAGAGGCGACUGAACCCAACUAUGAAAGAGGUAGUCCAGAAGGAAGUUACAAAGCUCUCAGAAGCUGGAAUCAUAUAUCCUAUCUCAGACAAUCCAUGGGUAAGCCAGUGCAAGUGGUGCCCAAGAAGGGAGGAAUGACAGUAAUUCACAAUGAGAAGAAUGAGCUAAUCCCAACAAGAACUGUCACAGGAUGGCGCAUGUGUAUCGACUACAAGAGACACAAUAAUGCCACAAGGAAGGAUCACUUCCCUAUUUCUUUCAUAGAUCAAAUGCUUGAGAGGUUAUCCGGUCAUGCAUUCUAUUAUUUUCUGGAUGGAUACUCUGGCUAUAAGCAGAUAGUAGUGGACUCUCAGGACCAAGAAAAGGCUGCAUUCACAUGCCCUUAUAGAGUAUUUACUUACAUGAGGAUGCCCUUUGGACUCUCAAAGCUUGUCUCUGCACCCAUCAUUGCCGCACCCAAUUGGAAUUUGCCAUUUAAAUUAAUGUGUGACGCCAGUGAUUAUGCCAUAGGAGCGGUUUUGAGAAAGAGACAAGACAAGCUUAUACAUGUUAUUUAUUAUGCUAGUCGUGUUCUGAAUAAUGCUCAAAAGAACUACACUACAACAGAAAAUGAACUACUGGAGGUUAUCUAUGCAAUUGAUAAGUUUAGAUCCUAUUUAAUUGGUUCAAAGGUAUUUGACAUUGAAAUCAGGGAUAGAAAGGGAUCAGAAAAUCAGGUGGCUGAUCAUCUGUCAAGGAUUGAGCUUGAGGAGGGAACGCCACCCCCCACUGCUACUGUGACUGAGACCUUCUCAGACGAGUACCUCUUUGUGAUCCAAAAGACGCCAUGGUUUGCAGACAUUGCAAACUAUAAGGCCAUGAGGUUCAUCCCUAAAGAGUACACAAAACAACAAGUCAGAAAACUUUUGCAUGAUGCCAAGUACUACUUGUGGGAUGAACCCUAUCUCUUUAAGAGAUGCUCAGAUGGGAUGAUUAGGCGUUGUGUCUCAGAGGAGGAAGCUCAGUAA